GGCCAGCUGCGGCGGGACGGCGCUGGGGGGGCUGGCGGGGGUCCAGCUGCCGAUGCUAUAAAGCCGGCGGCGGGGGAGCCGGGCCGCAGAGCGAGCCGCAGCCGUCCCCGUCCCGCACCCUUUUUCUCGCAGCCCAGGGAAGCCGCAGCGUGCCAAGAUGUGCAAAGGGCUGGCCGCGCUGCCCCACACCUGCCUGGAGAGGGCCAAGGAGAUCAAGACCAAGCUAGGAACACUCCUCCAGAAGCCUGACUCGGCCAUCGACUUCAUCAUCCCCUACCCCGAGAAGCCGGAGAAGCCAGCCAAGGCCCAGAAGCCAUCCCCGGAGGAGGCUCUGCAGUGGCGUGACUCCCUGGAGAAGCUCCUGCAAAACCCCUACGGGCUCGCCAGCUUCCGCAGCUUCCUGCGCUCCGAGUUCAGCGAGGAGAACGCCGAGUUCUGGGUGGCCUGCGAGGACUACAAGAGGACCAAGUCCCCCGUGAAGAUGGCAGAGAAAGCUAAGAGGAUCUACGAGGAGUUCAUCCAGACCGAGGCGCCCAAAGAGGUGAACAUCGACCACUUCACCAAGGCCAUGACCAUGAAGAACCUGGUGGAGCCAUCGCCGAGCAGCUUCGACAUGGCCCAGAAGAGGAUCUUUGCCCUGAUGGAGAAAGACUCCCUGCCCAGAUUCGUGCGGUCGGAGUUUUAUCAGGAGCUCAUCAAGUAGCAACGCGGCCUGGCUGUGCGAGGCGCUCCCUGCGGGCGGCCCUACUGCUUCUGGCUCAGCACCUUCUCCUCCCGCAGCCGCUUUGCUUUCCUGACGCCACCCUGCAGGAGCACCCAGGAGUGUUGCUAAACACCUGCCCCAGUGCUUUGGACGCUCGGGAGGCCCGAUAUCUCCCACAGCCUCCAUCCUCCCCUGCAGAAGAGCAGCUAGAAGGAGCCCCCGGGGCUGCUCAGCAGGGCAGAGGUGGCCGUGUGCAAGGCAGCCCGUCUGCUCCCCGCUGGAGGCAGUGCAGAGGAUGAAGCACGAUCGACUCGUUCAGAACACCGGGACUGUUUAGCAACGCAGCCCUCCUGCCCGCUUGCCUUCCGUACUGAGCUCGUAGUCCCCAGCUGUGCUCCCGGUGCCCGGAGCCACGCCACCGUGGUGGCCGGCGCCGUGCUCGGGUGGCACUUUUGGAGAUGUUGCUGUAGCUGCUUCCCGCUCCGGUAGCUUCUCUCCGCAGUAGGCACGCCAAAGCCAUCCUUCUGCACAAACCCAAACCAGGGGCGCCGGUGAGAGGGGAGAAAGUCAUGCUGGGGGAGAAGAAAGCUGCUGAGCGACACUGGUCAGAGCCAAUUCCAGGGGAAAAAAAAAAAAAAAAAAAAAAGGAAAAAAAGCAAACAGCAAAGCCAAAGCCAAAAAUGUCAUUGGAAAUAUAUAAAAAAAUAAAGCCCUGUCUUCUUGAACAGACGGCAAACUCUGCUGAGUUUGUGUAGCCUGCUUCUCUCUUGUCUCCCCCUCUCUGCCCAGGGCAGGUGUUUCCAUACGGCAGUCUCGUGAAAAGACCACAUCUUUUCAAGCUAUCCAAAUGCAGCCCGCUCUGCGCUACAACAACAAAUGCCAUCUGAUGAUGGGGCAAAGGCAAGUGCAAAAGGCCACCGAGGCCUCACUCGUCCCCAAACGGGCAAGUUCUCUGACCAGAUGUGCUGAGCCCUGUUCCUGGGGCCUGGAGGCCUCAUCCCCACAAUGGUUUCUUGCUGCAGCAUCUGAGUGUGAGAAGCACACAGCCAGGGAUCGGCCACAAAUGAGCGGUCAUGCUCCUUGCUAGCGGCUUGGACCAGGCCCAGACCUCUAAACUUCACCACGAGGCUCCACGCAGCCUCUUCGAGGCUUUCAGAAUCGGCUCAAAUCCCCACCAGCCCCAAAUAUUUGCACGCGGUCACUGCAGUGAGGAAUGAAAACACCGCAGGAUGGGGGCUGCGUUUCCCAGGCAGGGAUGGGGAGGCAAGGGAGAGAUGAAGGCGACCACAAGCGUGCUCACGGCGGUGGCUUCUUUCUGCUGUCAAGUGCCCUGGCGGGGAAGUCGGAGCGGAGCAGCAGGGCAGGAGGCUGGAGGGCACCUCCUGGGGGCAGCUUCAGCUUCAGCUGCCCCCCGGAGGUGUGGGAUCGCCCCAGAAGGGUGUGUGGAGAGCAGGAGCAGGGCAGGAGGGCUCAGGCAGCCCUGGUCACGCAGGGCAUCCCCACCGCCACCUGAACGUCUCCAGGACGUGGUGCCAUGACAAUUGGGUUCGGCACGCUUACUCUGCCUGCUCACGGUGCUGCUCACAGCAACGCGGGACCGAGCAGGCUUCCCUGCAGACAGACCCAGACCUUUCAUUUUCAUUGACGCUUUGGCAGCUAUUUCCGGAUGCCCUCGCACGUUUCGCAGUCGAACACCGACGCUGUCGAGAUUUGGAUUCUGCUGGAUGAAAACCUGGGAUGUCACCGGCUGCAGCAGCUCCAGGCGGGGCAGGGAGGUGGCACCAGGUACGUACGUGCCGAAAAGAAAGCCGGAGGCCAGAGAGGUGAAACUGCUCCGCUGGGAAUCCCACCCCAGCUUGACUUCUACUUGAAACCAUCGGAAACCUGCUUUAGGGGUGAUUUAACAGGUGCAGGAAGUGACUGGGUGGCCACGAAACGUGCCCCCCAGAGUGUUGUGGAGCUCUUGUGAAGUUGUGUUUGUGUAGAAGGGUCGUUUGGCUAACUGCUGGGCACGCUCGCUCGGAAAUGUAGCAAUGCCUGUACCGCACAGCCGAGCUUUCUGCAGGCCCAGAAGCGUUUAGGUGGGCUAAUACCAACCAUCAUAUCUCUGGUAGCAAAUACUUCAUGUAUUUUGUCACUCUUGCUCUUACCAAGUUUGGCAUGUAUACGAGCACGAUGCACAUGACACGAUACAUCCAUACCGUUGCAGACAUACAUAAGUAUACACACACACACACGUAUUUGUGUACUCUUAACAUUGGCAGCCAGCUCCCCAGUGAAUCAGUGAGCCCAGAUGCAGAGUUUUUGCAUGCAGCGCUUGGGAUCUGAGGGAUGAGUGUGAGAGGAUUUAGCACGGCCCCCGGCACCACCAAGGGAAGCCUUGGCCAUCCACCCCGGUGCCAACAGAGGCACGUCCUCCCAGACACCCUCAGAAGUCACCCCGUGCUCUCAGGCCACCAGCAGCCCUGUCACUGGCACACCGAGCAGGCCUUGCACUCUCCGAGGCACGUGGGGUGCCCGGGGACCCCCCUCUGCUGUGGGGCAAGACAACCCCACACUGCAGCCCGGGGCUGCUCAGGUUAAUGCCAGGGCACUGCUUGCUGCGUGCGCCCUGGCUAAUUUGGCAACUGGGCCCACGGGGGGCUGGGGGUGUCCCAGGGCUCGUCCCAGCCCCUGGUCACGGGCUUGGGCUCCCUGGCUGGAGCGUGCCGAGUGCCCCAUCCAAAGAUGGGACCAAGGUGGGAACAGAUCGGCUCCUUACACAUCCAAGCAGCUGUCUCAGGGUGAUGGUCUCUGUGGGAUUCCCACCAGAGAGGUCUCCUGAGCGGUGAUGCCGGGUGCUGGUGGGCACUGAGGAACUGGUUGUGUUACCCCACAUUCUUGUACCACUCAGUAAUCCACAUAUAAACAUGUAUUUCUGCUACCGUC